AUGAGUUACGAUUAUAAAUCUUGUUUCUGGGAUCCACAUGAUGAUGGAGUCAAUGUUCUGCUAACACAUAUACAAUCAGGUAUUAAAUCCAGUGGGACAGUAGAGAGCUUCUUCAGACAAAGGACAGAACUGGAAAAGGAUUACGCCAGAAGAUUAGGUGCCAUUAAUGAGAAGUUACAAAAAAAUCUACAGACUGACCCUGAGUUUGGACAUUUGAACAAGGCAUUGACGACGUUAUUAGAAGUCGAAAAGGCAAAAGCGCAUGCUCAUUCAAAACAGAGUGAAGUGAUCUAUAGACAAACAUAUAGUAACACUAAGCUCUUUCGUGGUGAAUUACAAGCUAGGUAUACUACACUAAGUGGGAAAAUUGAAAAAAUGAGAGUUGAUAAAUUCAAUAAGAAGAAAGGAUGUGAAGAGUUAUCAAAUCGUUUAGAAAAAGCAACAAUAAGAGCAAGAGAUUUGAGACUUAAUCAAAAUAAUAUAAUAGGUUCAAAAAGAGUAGAACAAAAUGAAAGGGAAAUUGCAAAAUGGGAGAAUAAUGAACAAGAGACAAAAUUACAAUUAAAUGUCUUAAAACAAGAAUAUAAAGCUUCACAGAGGUAUUGGUUGCAUGAAUGGGGUGAUAUCACUCGUCAAUUACAAGAAAUGGAACAAGCAAGGAUACAAUUUAUUCAAGCUAAAUUACAAGUAUAUAUUGAAACUUGUAUGGAAACUAGUAUCCUAGAACAAUCUAAAAUGGAUUUAUUAAACAGCAAACUUAUGGCUUUCACUUCAAUUGAUGAUAUUGCUAAAUUCUCAAGCGAAUAUGGAACAGGAAGAUUAAAGGAGAAGCAUAUCAAUAGGAAAUCAGCAGAGCAUCAUUCUGGAUCUCUUGUUGAUCGAAACUUAUCUAAUGGACGUAGUUCUAUCGAGGAUAAUGGCGCAGAUUACAGAUCUUCUAAAGUGUCAUAUAAUCAUCUGGGUAACGACCCAUAUAUUGAUAACAUUCGUAAAUUAUCUUCAAAUUUACAGAAACGUUCUCAAAACAGAAAUUCUCAAUACAGUAAAUCAACCCAAAAGAAAAAUGAAUUACAGAAUGUCAAUUCAAAUAGUGAUUCCACCAUAAAAGCAAAUACAAACAAAAGUUAUGAACCGCAUUCUAGGAAAGAUGAAAAUCAAUACCAAGAUUUAAUGAAAAAUAGUGAAAAUAGACCAAUAACACCUCCACCUGAGCCUAUUCAUAUAUCAGACAUGGAGGAACCAAUACAAGGCAUUCAAGUUGAAGUACCACAUAGUCAUAAGGAAAGCUCAAACUCAUAUACAACUUCAGAAUCUUCUUCGAACCCAACGGAUUUUACCUCACAUUUGAAAAAGAGAGAAAGUUUGGAAUCCAUGACAACAUCUGUGAGUUCAAUGGCAUCCAGCAUAGGUGAUGCACAAAGGUUUUCCAAGUCAUGGAAUUCAUCUUCAAGGAAACGGAAGUCUAUGAGCCACAUUAAUCAAUUACUAAAUGAUGAACAUGAUAAAAAUAGACAAGCAAGCACAAACACCGUAAUCAACUCUCAAUUUGGUAAAUCGCAAUCGAGUACAGAUUCGUAUGAUACAGACCGUGACAAGACAACAUUAAAUAUAAAAAAUACUAGUGAUGUCAGAAGGAAAUCCAUGGUGCUUGCUAGUUCUACCAAUCCAAUUGAGGAUGCAUUAUAUGAGAUGGAAAGACUACAAGGAUCAACACAAGCUAAUUCUAAACUUGGUAGAGUUAAAGAUAAUGGUCUUAUCGUGACAUUACCUUUGGUCACUAGAGGAGGUGAACCUGUCAUAAAGUAUGCCAAGGCAAAUUUCCCAUUAAUAGAUAACGGUGCAGAUGAACUUGCAAAUUUCGAGAAAAAUGAUUAUGUCCUUAUCACCGAAAUUAUAAGUGAUGAUUGGUAUAGAGGUGAAGUAUACGAUAAUGAAAGGAUAUCUCCAGACCAUAGGGACGGGUUAAUUCCUUAUAAUUUUGUUAGCAUUCUUGGAUAG